AUGCCAAAGUGAGCGAAUGCCACUGGAAGAAAUUGCACCAAAGAUGUCAACAUUGCUUUACCACCCACACGAAAUCGAUUGUAUUACCUUCAAGAAGGUGGUUCCUCGUAUAAAUAGGGACGCAUUAUUUCAAGAAAGACGGUGGUGAGCGCAAUCGUCUACUCUCUCUCUCUCCUAUCCGGACCACAGACAACGCCUGGAAGAAUUUGCUGAAGACAACUGUGUCCACACUGCAGGACAUAAGCAUCUUGUGCUCCAAAACUAACAGUGAAGUCAUGCAGGUGGAGAGGAAAUGGCACAUUCUGUUGACUAUCUUCUUUCUGCUCAUCACCUCGGGCGAGUGCAUGGACAGUAAGGAUGUCAAGCAGAAAGAAAGAAGGACCCUGUUGGAUCUAAUCUUACAGGUUAUCAGAGAAAACCAGCAACGGGACAGACUCGUCUCCAGGCGCUGUAGCAGUGGACUCUUCACCUCAGCCCAAGACAUGAAGUUCUCCUCCCGUGAAAAGCCUUUCUAUGUUCCUAGGCUGGAUAACAGUAGACUCAUAGAAAUUGUUCCUAGAGAUGUAAACAUGAAAGGCAAAUUCAUUCAGCAUUUCACAGCAGGACCAGUCAAGUUCUCGUCGGAGUGCAGAACACACUUUCAUAGACUUUAUCACAACACAAGGGAUUGUUCCAGACCAGCAUAUUACAAAAGAUGUGCAAGACUUCUUACACGAUUAGCGAUGAGUCCACUCUGCAUGCAAUCGUAGACAUUGCACGUCCCAAAAUAACGGAAGAGGGAUCAAUGUGUUGCCAAGGAAGUGCCUUCAAAUCCACAGCAGUCAUAAGAACAUUGUUGUGCUUAUAGUGUUCUACUUUUUGUUGUUGUUCUUGUUGUCAUUAUUGAAAAAGCUGAUGGACAUUGAUGGUUUUUGAACGGAUGUGCUUUUUAUUUUAAUGUACCUGUAUGUACCAUAUAUUUGUAAAGAAACAUUAAUUUAAUAUUCAAUACGCCUAUUUAUUGAAAGGGUAUGUAUAUAAUAAGUUCACAACCAUUCAGAAUCAGAUUAUUUUGGUUAUAAAAGUCAUAUCUGAUGGAGAGGAAGCUUUUCUUUUUUUCUCCUUAUAUAUAUAUAUAUAUAUGAAUUUCUUUUUUCACUAUUAUGCUGAUGUUGUAUUUUGAAUGAUCUGUCAUGCUCCGCCGUUGUCUUCAUUACAUUUUAUUUGGCACUUGAGUGAUUGCUGACAAUGAGAACAUAUGGAAUGUCAGUGGUGAUUAUGCACUGCAGUAUUGAACAA